AUGAGCUCGUCGUAUGGCGGUGGUGCAACGUCGUCGUCGUCGUCGUCGCCGCCGUCUCUGUACGCGGUGCUGGGCGUGUCGCCCAAUAUCAGCCACGCCGACCUGGUGCGCCACUUCAAGAAGCUGUCGCUGGAGCUGCACCCGGACCGGGCGGCGUACCGUGGGGGCAGCAACGCGGCGAGUGAGGCAGCAGUGCAGCAGCGCUACCAGCGCGUCACGGAGGCGUAUGAGGUGCUCUCCGACCCGGAGCGUCGGGCCGCAUACGACACUAGGCAUAGUGUCAACUUCUCAUCGAGAGUAGCCGCCCUUCGCGAAGCGGUGCAGCGCAGCGAGGUCACCGUAGCGCAGGCGCCAAAACGGCACUGCUCUGAGUCCGCGAGGGAAACGGGACUUGGGAAAGGCCCUGCGGACUCCCCUGACUCUGGCACCGACGACGAGGAUGAAUACAUACCGGAAUGA